CCGUCCAUAACUAUUCCACGUAUAUAUGGCGACUCUUUUUUCUCGCUUGGAAAUGAAAUGCACCGACGCUUGAUAAAUAGAAUAAGUGUAAUUAAACCCAUACGGCUUGUUUAAUACUAGUAGAUGGGAAUUAACUAAGAGUUUUGGAAAUUUUUUGUGCAGUUUAAUAUAUUUAUAAUGUGAUUUAAUAAGUAACACUUUUAUUGCGUUUGUUUGAUUUAUUUAUCAACACAUUAGGUUAUAUUCAAUCCGAAUUAAGAGAAGAUAAAUAAAAUUUAACACAAAAUGGAAGCUGUAGAAGAAGUUUCAGCGUCUGAUGCAGCUCCGUGUGUUACAAAAUCCGAAGACAGCGAUGUUGUCGCUAAAGACUCUAAUGAGGUUUGUACGUCAAAUGGGGUUGAAUCCGCCGGAAAAAAUGAGGAAGCGCAUUCGGAUGUGAAUAACACUGAGAAAAUUUCUAGUGACACGGUAAAUGAUUUAGAAGCUAAAGCUAACGAUAUACAUUGUAAUGACAUUUUGGUCUCAGAAAGCAUCCCACCCAUGGAACACGAUGUAGAAGUAGAAGAAGUUCAUAAUAAAGACAUAGUUAUCCAAGAAAAUAUUGAAGAAGUUGAAACAGUCGAGACUGUUGUAACUGAAGUAAUUGUAGAUGAUACUGAGGCCGAAUCUGAACCAAGCAAACAAGAGGUUGUAUCAGAAGCUGUAGAAGAAGUGGUAAUCCCGACCAAUUCGGAAGAAGUGAAAUUCGAAACAGAAAUACUUAUUGAAGAAAAUGAUUUUAAUGAAAAUGUAUUGACUAAUAAUGAAGAAAUUGAUUCCUCAACUUACAUUUUAAAUGACUUGGCACCAAAUAUUGAAUUAAGUGAAGUAUUGAGAUCUUCGGAUGUUGCCGAUAACAGUGAAAAUAAUAAUAGCACAGACAAACAAGAAGUAUUUAAUAAGGAGGAGUUACUGGAUAUAUUAGAAGGGAAUGAUAUAAAUGAAGAAAAUGAUAAUACUGAGCCCUUGAAAAGUAAUUCAAAUAAAUUGUCCGAAGCUGAAAUAGCCUUAAAGCAGCUUUCAAAACUUAAACGGAGAAGAAAUAAAACCAAAGUAGUAGAAAAGGUAUCAAAGGCAAACGCAGUAAACAAUAAAUCUCAUAAAGUUGAAACUGAAGUUGUAUCAGAAAAUAAGCCACAACAGGAUGAUCAAAAGAAAAAUAUUGUCAAAGUGUUGGUUAUGGAUUGGGAAGAUGAGGAAACGGGUGAAGGCCAUCAGCCUAAUAACAUUGUUGAAGAAAGUGAAGCUUUGUUAAAAGAUACCGAAGAUGUUAAAAUAAGUCAGGACGAAGUUAUCAACCAGACUGGCAAUGAUGACCAAGUUACACAAGAUUCUUCAAUGGCAGAAGAUGCAUUACAGUCAUCUGAUAAAAAUGAAGAAAUCCCCCCUCGCAGACUGAGCAGAGUCAUAAAAAAGAAAGUAAUCUUUGAUCCUGACAACCCAGAUACAUUUACAAAAGGAAAAACUCCAGUUAAGAGCAAAGAGAUUUUUUGCAAUAAGGAUCAAACGCCAUCAAAGAAAUUAAAGCCUGACCCAAACAUUCAAAGGUCCAAGUCAAAGUCCCCUCUGUCUAAACUGCAGUGGAAAAAACCAUCUCCUAAAAACAAUAAGCAAAAUAAAAGAUUAUCAGAAGUAGACAAAUUACUUAUGGACGAAGGGGCAGUGAACAUGAUAUACCAAUUGACUCCCGAAGCAACCAAAGGAAAGAAGAAUAUGAAAACUAAAGCCGAAUUUAUAAAAAAACUUCAGAGCUCCACACCAGAGGGCAAGGAAAUGAAGUUUAGAGAAAGAAAAAAGGAGUUCAUUAAGUACGAAGACGGAGAACCAAAGAGAAUCCUCAGCGGCAAACAAAGAGCGUCCUUGAGCAGCUCGGUCAAGUCUCCCGCCAGCGAGGAUUUCGAAACACAUAGUGCAGACGACUCCAUUAUAUACAGACGUCACUCAUCAAGUUCAUAUUCCAGUAGCUGUAUGAGUCCCCGACGCCUCAGUGAUGUUGAAGGAGGCAGUACAAACAGUAAUACACGAUUGUCACAGCAGUCAACAUCCACAGAGAGUCCGGCUGACAUUAAAACAAAUAGCAACGUAGAACACGAGGGACAGCCACCGAGAGACAUGUUCAAUCCUGAGUCAGACAAUACGCCGGCUAGUGAAAUAAUAAACAAAAGUGAUUGCCUGUCAAUUAAAGAGAAGUUAAAUUCAAAACUGAGUUUAGCCCUCAACAAACGGAAAAGGGAAGCCUCUAAGAGUGAGAAACCGGCGAAACAGAAAAAGAUAGUGAAAACAGCCGAACAAAGAGAUAACGUACUCGUUGUACCAAAAGAGGAAAUCGAUAAAUUUAAUUUCGUAUCGAUCACGCUCGAUCAAAGAUUAGCUGUUAUAAACGUCCAGAACACAGGGGACAAAAUCGGGGUUGAGGUUUUGAAAGAGUUGGAGAUGGCUUUGAACUAUAUAGACAAAAGAAAAGACAUAUCAAUCACUAUGUUCUCAUCUCAUUGUGGAACCGUCUGCUCCUUGCUUGACCUGGCGCUGCUGGUGAAUGAGAACAAAGAAAUCAGGGUUCAUCACGCUACAGAAUUAGCCGAAACUAUUAAAGGCCUGCUGAGCUCCGCGGCCCGCCACAGUAAGUUGGUCUGGUGCGGCGUGGCGGGCGCUUGUUCCGGGCUGUCUUUGUCCCUGGCCGCUCUCAGCGACGUGUCCGUGGCGGCUGAGGACGCGAUCUUCGCCCUCACCGGCGCCGGCUCCUCUCCCCUACUUCCUGGGGCCGCUGUCCUCACCUCGCGAUGUCAACUAUCGCAGGCGCUUGUGAACGACUUGUUCAUAUUCGGCCGUCGCCUGACAGCGUCGGAGGCGGUGGCGGGCGGUCUGAUAAGUCGCACCUUGUACCCGGACAGACUCGACGAGCAGAUGCUGAACAUAGCCAAAGACGUGGCGGCGCAGCCGGUGCAGAAUGUGUUAUUGAAGAAAAGACUUUUAAAUUUGAGGAACAAUAAUACAGCUGAAGGUGCUUUUCUCUCGAGUCUGGAGUCCGAGCGAGAGCUUUUCGUGGAACACUGGACGUCCGUGGAAGGCCAGGAGUCGCUCCGGGCCGGUCUGGACGCCGCCUAAUAUUAUGUAUUUUGUAUUAAUUUAACACCAAACAAGAAUUACUGUCUACAACAUACGCGUGUAUUUUUUUUCUUAAUAUUGAAUGGUUCGACUGUUGAUUAUCAUGUAUUGUAAAUAAUGAAUUUUUUAUAUCAGAUUGAAUUAUCGAAUGUUAGAUAUUGAUUAUUGAAUUUACAAUAUAUAGUGUUAACGGUGGAAGGGAAUUUAAAUAACGACUUAAAUGUUACGUCGGUUAGUUGGUGUGUGGCCGCCACCGCCGCCUGCCGAGGACUGUUAGUUAAAUUGUUAGCGUUAGUGAAGGUCGCCGAGAUCUAACUGAGGAUGUGCGGCAUGUGGCGCGUGGCGUGUGGCGUGUGGCGUGAGUGUCUUAGAUGUAAGCCGCAUUUAAGAGUGUUGUUUUAUUUUUGUCUGAUUGUAACUUAAUCUCACACAACACUAGCCACGGAGUUUAUUCAUUGACCUUACAUUAGUUGAGUAACGAACGGUAUAUUAUUAUAUACUAUAGUUUUAGGUUGAAAGACUGUUAUUUCGGUAUAUUUUUCAUUUCAAAAAGUCGACCACCGUUCUCUGGUUAGUUCAGAGGGCGGCUCCUUGUUAUAUUUAAGUCUAUAGACUUUACUAUCAAUAUAAAAUGUUACAAUUUAAAUUGUUUAUGUCUUUGUUUUGGAUGUUUGAGUUUAUCUUAUAAUCUAGAUUUUUUUUUUUUCAAUUUUCAGCCAAAGUUCUCCAUUGAGCUAUCGCAUCAAUGUCGUGGCGAUCGGUGUGUAAAUGAUUCUUAUAGGUGCAAUUCAUUCCUUUUGUUUUAAAAAAGUCCUCGUUUUAUCGAAAACGUAAUGUAUUUCCUUUCGAAUCGGUUACAAUUUACUUAGUUAUAGAUAAAAUUAAGUUAUUUACAUUUAAGUAUAGCAAUACCUAAUUGUUUUUUAAGAAAAUAAAGUGCCUUUAAUAGUACUUGUAUCUUUGAAAUUUAAACAUCUGGUUUAUCGACCCAAAGCGGUGUUUUGUAUGUGUAUCUCAAUUUUUUAUGUAUUUUAAUUUCAACAUUUAAAUGAAGCUAUAGUAGUAUAACUUAUACUAAUAAAGUUGAAAUUAUAAAUCUAUUAUCGUAACUCCUUAGCAAUCUAUUGAUACUCUCCUCAAGUACAAGUGAGAUAUACAUUAUAUGAGAGCGAUUAAUUUAGAGCCAUAGCUAAUGUUACUUCUACUCUGCUAGAGCCAUUAUAUAAGCAUGAAGAUGUACGGGGACUUGUAUCAGCAUAAUCUUUUUUUUCUCUGGCAACUCCGAAACAUUAAUUUUUAUGUUUUUUCUCUCCUGAGUUUAUUUUCCCAGUUCACUGUCAUUCAUUCAAUUUCAAUGAACAGCAUCACUCAUGUGUUCCAUCUCUCAGGUCAAGUACGGGCUAGGAAAAAUUGAAAUAAGUAUUUUUCUAAUGCACAAUUUACACAUGUUGACAUAGUUAUCAAUAUUUAUAUAUAUAUCAUCAAAAUAUAUGUAGAGUAUAAAAUAAAGAACAUAAUAUAUC